AUGACGCGGAGGCUGCAAGAGGCGACGGAGGAAGCAAUGUACAGCGGCGGCUCAUCCGGCAGACGUGCCGUGGAGGAUGCUGGAUUCUCAGAUGAGCUCAAGGAGAAGCUCCUGAGCAAAAUCGCGGAUGCAAACUUUCGACAGGAGCAUGCAAGCGCUUUUACAGAGAGAGACCUCACUUCUACGGCCGGCGAGGGCACCAGACAUGUCGCCACCUCGGCACCAUGGACCGGCGAGGAAGCUACGGAGGAUGCAGUGCUGAGGAUGCUGGACGAUGCCAGAAAACCACUGAAACCGGAGCUCAGGGGCAAGUUCCAGCCGCCUGUCAUUGACCCCCGGGUGAAGCGGACUCCGGUGGUUCCUCCUCCGCAAAGGGCGUUGAAGGCUCGGGAUCGAGCGUCUUUCUACGCUGGCAUGGGCAUGAAGGAGGACAAAGGAUUGAGUGAGAAAGAACGAGAAGAGUUGAAGAGCUUGUUUCGAUCAAGAUUCGAACCAGUCGCGCGAGUGAUGCCAGCUACGCCAUCGGGACUUGCGGCGCUGGCCAAUGAUCAUAUCGAAAAUGCCAUUGCCAGGGGCCAAUUCAAGAAUAUCGCGCGGGGCAAAGGGGUAGAGCUUGACUUGGAACGAAGCAACCCGUACGUUGACACUACAGAGUACUUGUUGAACAGGAUCGUUCAGCGCCAAGACAUUGUGCCUCCAUGGAUCGAGAAGCAGCAGGAGCUGUCACGGGCGGCGAAUGCCCUUCGUUCGAGGCUGAGGGCUGAUUGGAAGCGUCACGCUGCGAGGAUGAUUGCCGCCAAGGGGGGCUCGCUGGAGGAGCAGAUGGCCAGAGCUGAGCAAUAUGCCGCGGCAGAGAGGGUACAUAAUCCUCGACAGGUGGCCGGGAAAGCUGCCGACGAAACGGAGCAGGAUGCAAGAGAACCCAGCGAGCAAGAUCUCGGGCCCCUGCCAAGGCCAUUCCGGGAUCCAGACUGGGAGAAGGCGGAACGUGCAUAUCUGGAGCUGUCAAUAGAGCAGCUGAACGCCAUCACGAGGAGCUAUAAUCUCAUGGCUCCGGAGCUGGCCAAGAAGCCAUACUACAAUCUCCAGCGAGAACUGGAUGCCUGUUUUGCGGAUGUCGCUCCUCUGCUUGCCAAGGAGAUCAAGGAGAGGGCUACAGGGCCGCGCGCUACGUCGAGGCUUACAUCCAAACCGUCUCCAUUUACAGGCGACGGGAUAAUAGGGAACUUGGGUGCCAAAGAUACUGUCAAGAUUCACGAUUCGAGGGCACAGCCGUAUGGGUUCAAGGAGUGGUGGAAGGAUGUGUGGAAGAAGUAG